CUUCGGGUAGCAUAGUCCGUUCGAGCGAUCUUUUCCUCCAGCAACAAUUGCAUCUGUUCAACUGAGCGGGUCGGGUCUCCUUUUAUUUCUCGUUUCAAUGGGCACAUAGAACAAUCAUAUUUUAACAGCUACAAACAAGGUAAAGACAAGAUUAACCAUGGCUACUAUCACAUGCCGAGUCCAAUACCUGGAGGAUUCGGACCCAUUCGUUUGCACCAAUUUCCCAGAGCCGAGACGACCGCCACCGUACAAUAUCGAUGAAAACCUUGCAUUGAGUGAACAAAUUGCCGGAAUUCACAAACUUCUAGAGGCACCGUUGAAGUUGGAAGAGUGUGCCCUGCAGCUGGCCACCAUUGGGAAUUACCUGGACCUGGACAUGUCCCUGGCGGAGCAGCGAGAUGAGCUGGAGCAGCUGUACGAAGACUCUGCAAAAGGAAAGAAGCCCAUCCUGAUUCUUCGUACCCAGCUCUCCGUCCGGGUCCACUCCAUCCUGGAGAAGCUGUACAACUCUCACGGUCCAGAGCUCAGGAGGUCCCUGUUCUCCCUCAAGCAGCUCUUCCAGGAUGACAAAGACCUGGUACCAGAGUUUGUGAACUCUGAAGGGCUCACGUGCUUCAUCAAGGUGGGAGCCGAAGCCGACCACAACUACCAGAACUACAUUUUGAGAGCCCUCAGCCAGAUCAUGCUGUUUGUGGAUGGAAUGAACGGGGUGAUCAACCACAACGAGAUGGUGCAGUGGCUGUACACGCUGAGUGGAAGCCUGUCCAGGCUGGUGGUGAAGACGGUUCUGAAGCUGCUCAUUGUGUUCGUGGAGUACUCAGAGUCCAACGGGUCCCUGCUCAUCAAGGCUGUCAACACUGUGGACGGCAAGAGAGCUGUGAAGCCCUGGAAGUACCUGACAGAGAUCCUACAGGAGAAGAACGGUUCAGACACUGAGCUGCUGAUCUUCACCAUGACCCUCAUCAACAAGACCCUGGCAGCCCUGCCGGACCAGGACUCGUUCUACGACGUGACGGACUGCCUGGAGCAGCAAGGCAUGGAGAGCAUCAUGCAGAAGCACAUGAGCCGCCAUGCCACUGAGCAAGACCUCAAACACCAGUUCUCCAUCUACGAGACUGCUCUAAAGUUUGAAGACGGGGAGACGGACGAGACCAUUCCUCACAUUCGCAAGGAGCGGCGCAAAGUAGCGGCGAGCGAACAGGAGGGCAGGAGGAGCCGUCGCCAGUCGUCCCAGAGCCUCUCAGACUCUGUCUCUCCCUCCAACCCUCCCUUCUCUCCAGCCUCCUCCACCUCCAACCCCCUCUCUCCAGCCUCCUCUAUCUCCGCCCACAGCCCCACGGUGGGGCGAAGCCAGAACAACUCCCCGAUAUCCUCCGAGCCUCGGAGCCCCUCCCCCCAGACUCCCUCCUCCAGUCCCUUGGACACAGGCUCACAGAGGGCUGCCCCUCUACUGCUCCCUGGGCCCAGCAACGGUACUGCGGCAUCACUCUCUCCCACUGAGCAGGAGCCCAAGAUUCCCCCCAGCCCGAGUCGCUCUUUCCUCAGCCACCACAUGUCUGCUCUGGGGAUUUCUAGGAGGUCCAGGUUGUUUAACAAGGCAGGGUCCAUCUCUGAGGACUCCUCCCCAGCCUCCAGCAGCCCGUCUCCCACAGACGCCAACGCCCCUGAGAAGAAGCAGCUCCUGCCGGCCGCAGAGCAGGGCAGACCGGAGGGCAGGAGCACCUUUAGCAGCGCUCUCCAGGCCAGCGACACCGACUGCCAGGAGGAAUGUAAUGUAGAUAUGGACAAGCCGGUUCUGAGAAAGUUUGCAGACACAUUCCUACGCAGCCUGGCCAUCACUCAGCAGGAGAAGAAGAGAAGGGGUUUGAACGUCAACAAGCUCCGCAAGGUUCCCUCCCAGGAGGACAAGGUCCCUGCCCCGCACGAGGACACUCCCUCACCUGCGGAUUCAGGCACCCCCACGGAAGGGUCGGACCAGGAGGGCGGCGGUGCGGAUCCCCAGCUGGCGGGCCAGGGCUCCAGGGGGAGCAGCAGAGGUCCCAGCCCCUGCACCCUGGAGCACCCAGCUGACUCACACACACAGACGGCCAAUAAUGAACCAGGUGGCACUGUCCGUCGGCAGGGCAGUGUGGUGGAGCAGCGCAGCACCCUCUCCAACGACAGGAAGUUCAUGCUGGACAUGCUCUACUCCAAGAAUUCCACCGGAGGAACUCUGAGCCCUCUGGCUGGCUCCACCAACAACGAAGAAGAAGAAGAGGAGGAGAUGGAGAGCCCUAGCAUGGACGACGACCUGGGCGGUGUGGGCAGCCUUGCGGAGCGUCUCUCCAGCCUGCAGGCGUACUCAGCCCGCCCCUCGCUCAGCGAGGACGGCAGCUCGCGGCGGGCCGAGCUGGACUUCCUGGGGGGCUCUGCCCAGGCGGCCCGCACCCGGCUGGAGGAGCGGAGGGCCCACGGCAAGUUGCGUCCGCAGCACAGCAUCGACGCAGAGACGCACUCACGCAGCCUGGAGAGGACGCUGAUGACGCCGCUGGCACGCGGCCAGGGCCAAGGCUGGGAAAGCCUGCAGACCAGCUGCCGGGCCCUGCGCAUCAAGGACCUGGACUUCUCUGACCUCCUGGAGGAGGAGGACAUUGACGUGUUGGACAUGGACACCUUCGACACCAGGAUGCCCAAUGGCGGCGUCCCUCCCCCUCCUCCCCCACCGCCCGGUCAGGCCGGAGUUCCCCCGCCUCCACAGCUGCCCCCCCCAGGCACCGCCCCCCCUCCUCCUCCCCCACUGCCAGGCCUGGGAGGGCCCCCGCCUCCUCCCCCGCCCCCCCCAUGUGCUCCACCUCCGCCUCCCUCCUCCUCCUCCUCCUCGCACCAAUGCCCCGAACCGGCGUUUGCCAAGAAGCGCAAGACGGUCAAGCUGUUCUGGAAGGAGCUGAAGCAGUCCGACACCCCCAGGAAGUGCAAGUUUGGCCGGGGGACGGUGUGGGCCUCACUGGAUAAGGUAACCGUGGAUACGGCCAAACUGGAACACCUGUUUGAAUCCAAAGCCAAGGAGCUGCCUGUUGCCAAGAAAGGACCAGAAGUGAAGAAGUCUUCUAUUCAGGUACUGGACCCUAAAAGGAGUAAUGCCAUCAAUAUUGGCAUGACAGUACUUCCUGCCAUCCACGUCAUCAAGACAGCCAUCCUCAACUUUGAUGAGUUUGCCAUCACCAAGGAGGGCAUUGAGAAGAUCCUCACCAUGGUUCCCACGGAGGAGGAGAAGCAGAAGAUCCAGGAGGCUCAGCUGGGCAGCCCUGACGUUCCCCUGGGCACGGCCGAGCAGUUCCUGCUAACGCUCUCCUCCAUCAGCGGACUCAGCUCUCGCCUGCAGCUCUGGGCCUUCAAACUCAACUACGAGACUCUGGAGAAGGAGAUCGCAGAACCUCUCUUUGACCUGAAGCUGGGUAUGGAGCAACUGGCCAAGAACAAGACGUUCAAGCGUAUCCUGGCAACGCUCCUCGCCAUCGGUAACUUCCUCAACAGCACCAGCGCCAAGGGUUUUGAGCUGACCUACCUGGAGAAGGUGACGGAGGUGAAGGACACUGUCCACAGACAGUCUCUGCUCCACCACACCUGCAACUUUGUGGUGGAGAACUAUCCAGACACCUCUGACGUGUACUCUGAGAUUCCUGACAUCACCCGUUCUGCCAAGGUGGAGUUUGAGCAACUGUCUGACAACCUGGUGCAGCUGGAGAGGAGGUGCAAGACGUCGUGGGACAGCCUGAAGGUGGUUGCCAAGCACGAGACCAAGCCCCUGCUGAAGAACAAGAUGACAGAGUUCCUCAAGGACUGUACCGAGAGGAUCAUCAUCCUUAAGGUGGUGCACCGGCGCAUCAUCAACAGGUUCCACUCGUUCCUGCUGUACCUGGGCCAGCCCUCGUACUCGGUGCGUGACAUCAAGGUGACCCAGUUCUGCAAGAUCAUCAGUGAGUUCUCCCUGGAGUAUAGGACCACCAGGGAGAGGGUCCUCACCCAGAAACGCAAGAGGGCUGUCCACCGAGAACGCACCAAGACCAGGGGCAAGAUGAUCACAGAGACGGAGAAGUUCUCCGGGGCGGUCUCACAAGAGGAUGACUCCGCCUCCGUCUCCAUGACAGCGGAGGCGGAGCCUGAGCAGGAGGAGCAUAAGAACAUGAAGAACAUGCUGAUCAGCAGCUCUGUCCAGUGUGGGCUGAGACGCAGCCGCGCAGUCCGCAGCCUAGGCAGGGUUAGCCCCCCCCAGAUGUCUGGAGCCAAAGAGGACAGCACCAGCUCUCAGGACGACGCCACCGACGAGAUCAUGGAUCGGCUCGUCAAGUCUGUCACACAGAACCCAUCAGAGAGGCCGUCCAGCCCCAAGACACGCAAACGCUCGCGCCUCAACAGGAAGUCGUUGCGGAGGACACUGAAAAGUGGUCUGACUGUAGACGUGGUUCAAGCACUGGGCCUGAACAGCAAGGCUGAGGACAAGAUCUGAACACCUGCACACAUCUGACAGCACACAGGAGCCUGAAGGCUGUGAGAUGUGUUUGCCCUCCAAAUGAACUGUAGAACUAACUUCAAAUGUGGAGGAAAAUACCUUGAUUUUUUUUUUUUAACUCCAGCCAAUGGCCUGUAGCUCAUGGGUCACCUGUUACACCACAAACAAGCUGUUGCCUUAAACUUCACAAACUUUAUGGAAGGUUUUGUGGUUGAAUACAACUUCAAGUAGGAAAAUAAGGGUGGAUGUGAUAAGUUAACAAAGU